AUGUCAAUCGAAUGGAAUGUUAUAAUCUAUGAUAAGCCAGGUACUGACAGAACCGCUGUCAGACCUACACAUGUUGCAAACAUUCCAGAAUCAGUGAACAAAGGAAUUGUAACUUCUGUGGGGGCAAUUUACCAAGACGUUGAAAAGACUAAAUUUGCUGGGAGUGCAUUCCAUAUUAUAGCCAAUUCUAAAGAUGAGAUCAUUGAGUUCUUAAAGAAGGACAUAUACUACGAAAAAGGUAUUUGGGAUAUAGAUUCCGUCAUUGCCCAUCCAAUUGGCGUGGCAUGCAGAUUACCUAAAAAAAUGAACGGUGUUACUGUUGACUUCGCCAAUUUAUAA